AUGAUGCACUCCCCAUCUAAAUCCAAGCAAUCUCACUCAAAAUCAGACAUAUCAAUGCCAUCAGAUACCGCACUACGGAAGCGCAAAACACCUGAUGAUGAUAUUACCCAACUUUUUAAAACGUUCACUCUAGAGAUGAAAGCCACUAUGAGUAACUUACAAACCGACAUGAGCAUGAAACUAUCAGAAAUCAACCAAAACAUCAAUACCAUAAGGAGUGACUUGGACACAUUAAAUUUAACGACCUCCGAAAUUAAGUCUGAUAUAAAUUCUCUACGCAGCGACUGUCUUAGCACGAAACAACGAGUGUUGGUUUUAGAAAACAAACAGCAGGCAAUGCACGAAUCAGUUACCGAUAUCCAAUCCUCCGCGCAGUUUUGUUCCGACCAGCUGGACGACGUUCAGAAACGCAUGGCUAUAUUGGAAAAAUCAGGCGGCAAUGGUUCGCAGCUGACAAAUAAGAUGAUUGCUAUGGAAAUUAAGAUAGAAAAUAUGGAACAACAGGCUCGUCAAUGCAAUAUUGAAUUAGCAAACCUUCCUGAAAGGCGCGGUGAAAAUCUCACUACUAUAGUGGAAACCAUUGGAUCUAAGAUUAACUAUCCCAUACACCAGAAGGAGAUUGUCGCAGUUCACAGAGUCCCGCAAGCUCAACAAUCGGAUCGCCCUAAGAAUAUAAUUGUCAAAUUGCAAUCCCGCACUGUACGAGACAAUAUCUUAAGUGCAUUUCGUACCGCCAAAGGUAUAAAGACGGACGUACUGGGAAUAGCGGGCCCUCCUAGAGCUGUGUACAUGAAUGAGCACCUAACAUGGCAGAAUAAACAAUUAUUUCGGGAGACCCGUGAAAGGACGCGCGCGCAGGGCUACAAAUAUGUUUGGAUCAAGAACGGGACCAUUCUUGUGCGUGAAGCGGACACUAGCCCGGCUUUUGCUAUUCGUAGUCGCAAUGAUCUCAGCAAAAUACAACGAAAGGAAGCCUGA